AUGGCGUGGACUUUUAUUUAUAUACACUUUCUAACGUUUGUAGCUAUAGCAUCGGCGCAGGAUUACUACCACACACCCAGGAUAGGAUCGCAGAAGCUUGCUUCUUGCUAUAACAAUGACGGGCAGCCGCAAAGAUGUAUUCCGGAGUUCGAGAAUGCUGCGUUCAUGGUACAGAUGGAAGCGACAAAUACAUGCGGUGAUAAUGGUGUGAAGAUGUACUGUAUUCAGACUUCAGCUGGAACUUCAUCAAGGUCCUGUGAUUACUGUCAAUCCAACCAGUUUUCAAGCUAUUACCUCACCGAUCUCCAUUACGAGCAAGAUAAUCAGACAUGGUGGCAAUCAGAAACUAUGAAAGAAGGCAUUCAGUACCCAAAUCAAGUCAAUCUGACUCUGCAUUUAGGAAAGGCAUACGAUAUCACAUAUGUUAGAAUUGUAUUCUAUUCGCCCCGGCCUCAAAGUUUUGCAAUAUACAAAAAGCUAAGUGAGGACUCUGAUUGGGAACCAUAUCAGUACUUCAGUGCGUCAUGCCGUGACACAUAUGGUGUUUUGGAACAACGUGCCGCGGAAAUGGGAGCCGAAACAAGAGCGCUUUGUACCAGCGAAUAUUCCGAUAUAUCACCGCUGUCGGGUGGUAAUGUUCUGUUCUCCACACUCGAGGGUAGACCCUCAGCCUACACAUUUGAUAGUAGUCCAGAAUUACAGGAAUGGGUAACGGCGACAGAUUUGCGCAUUUCAUUGGACCGCUUGAACACAUUUGGAGAUGAAAUAUUCGGUGACACUCAAGUAUUACAAUCGUAUUGGUACGCCAUUGCCGAUGUAGCGGUCGGAGCCCGUUGCAAAUGUAACGGCCACGCCUCGGUAUGCGACACCCAUGAGCUCCCAGAUGGAAGUCGGGCGAGAUAUUGCAGAUGUGAGCACAAUACAGCUGGGCGAGAGUGUGAAAAAUGUUUAGAUUUCUACAAUGAUGCACCUUGGGGUCGCGCUUCGCCCACAAACGUUCACGAGUGUCAAGCGUGCAAUUGUAACGGAUUUUCGAACAAGUGUUACUUCGACAAGGAUUUGUAUGAGCGAACUGGGCAUGGUGGGCACUGUAUGGAUUGUGCUGAGAACAGGGAUGGUGCAAAUUGUGAACGUUGUAAGGAGAACUUCUUCCAAGGCACUGAGGAUAUCUGCAUGCCCUGUAAUUGUAACCCUACAGGAUCUCGCAGCUUGCAAUGUAAUGCUCAAGGCAAGUGUCAAUGCAAGCCCGGAGUGACUGGAGAAAAGUGCGACAUGUGCGCACCAAAUCACUACGACUUCACGAAUCAAGGAUGCAAGCCGUGUGGCUGCAAUGAAUCUGGCAGUUACAGCAACAUGCCGCAAUGUGACCCAAUUACCGGCAUUUGUCUGUGCAAAGAAAAUGUCGAAGGCAAGCAAUGUCGAGAAUGUAAACCUGGUUAUUUUAAUUUGGAUCUCAAUAAUGAAUUUGGGUGUACGCCGUGCUUCUGUUUCGGACAUUCCUCGCAGUGUAGUUCGGCACCCAAAUACCAAGCGCACGAGCUUAGCGCUCAUUUCAUUCGGGAUGCCGAAAAAUGGUCUGCAGAAACAAGUGACAGGAAAUCAACCCAACUUCAAUUUAAUGCUAAUACACAAAAUAUAGCUAUCAGCUCUAAAGGAUCUGAAGUUGUUUACUUCGUUGCGUCUAAUCAAUUCCUUGGGGAUCAACGCGCAUCUUAUAACCACGAUUUAAAAUUCACGCUGCGUCUAGGUGAAAAUAGAGGUUAUCCAUCUUCACAAGAUAUUAUACUGGAGAGCGCGCAAAGUUCUGUAUCAGUGAAUAUCUAUAGCCAGAAUAACCCUGAACCAGCCGAUCAGGAGCGCGAGUACAAGUUUCGGCUUCACGAGGACCCUAGAUAUGGCUGGACCCCGACUUUAACCAAUUUCGAAUUCAUGUCAAUUCUACAGAACCUAACGGCUAUAAAAAUAAGAGGAACUUACAAUAAAGGUGGCCAAGGGUACCUCAUGAAUUUCAAACUGGACACAGCGAAGAUUGGACGAGAGAAAGGUUCUGCACCAGCGAAUUGGGUGGAGAAAUGUUCGUGCCCUAAAGCCUAUGUUGGUGACUAUUGUGAGGAAUGUGCUCCAGGAUUCAAGCACGAACCAGCUAACGGAGGCCCUUAUUCCGCAUGUAUACCCUGUGAUUGUAACGGCCAUGCUCACAUUUGCGACACAGCUACUGGUUUUUGUAUCUGUAAACACAACACAACUGGAAGCAAUUGUGAAUUAUGUGCAAAAGGGUUUUACGGAAAUGCCAUUUCUGGUACACCAGAUGAUUGUAAACCGUGUCCAUGUCCUAAAGACAGUGGAUGUAUCCAACUGAUGGACCAAAGCAUCGUAUGUACCGACUGUCCGGUUGGUUACGCCGGUCCAAGGUGUGAAGUUUGUGCUGACGGACAUUUUGGUGACCCCACUGGCCAGUUUGGACCUCCCAAACCGUGUGAAGAAUGCCAAUGUAACGGUAACGUGGACCUGAAUGCGGUUGGGAAUUGUAACAGGACUUCUGGAGAAUGUCUUAAGUGCAUUUAUAAUACGGCAGGGGAUCACUGUGAUAAAUGUUUAAGUGGUUAUUAUGGAGAUGCGCUUGAUCAAAACGAGAAGGGUGAUUGUAAGCCUUGCGAAUGUCAUGAAGCUGGAACUUUGGAGAGCCCAGAGGGCCCGCCGCAAUGCGAUGGUCUAACAGGUUUCUGCUCCUGCAGGUCCCAUGUUAUAGGCAGAAAUUGUGAUAAAUGUGAAGACGGCUACUACAACAUUAAUUCUGGCGAGGGAUGCAAACCAUGUGAUUGCAACCUUGAAGGUUCUUAUAAUACAUCUUGUGACGCCGCAACUGGUCAAUGUUACUGCAAGCCUGGUAUCGAUGGGAUUCACUGCGACCGUUGUCUCGCUUAUCACUACGGUUUCUCGGUAGAGGGCUGUCGUGACUGUGAUUGUGACGAGUGGGGCUCAACAGAUUACCAAUGCGACAAGUUUGGACAAUGUUCCUGUCAAGAAAAUGUCGAAGGUCGGCGAUGUGAUAGGUGUAUGGAAAAUAAACGACGACGAGCCGAUGGUCAAGGCUGUGAGGACUGUCCGGCUUGUUAUAAUCUCGUACAAGAUGCUGUUAAUCAACACAGAAAGCAACUUAAAGAGUUAGACGAUAUAUUAGCCAAAAUCUCUAAAGCCCCAACAGUUGUUGAGAACGCCGAUUUCGAUAAAGAAUUGCAACGCGUAAGAGGAGAAAUAAUGAGGCUUAUGGAAGAAGCUCAGGCUCAACUUGGAAAUGGCCCAGGAACUAGUUUAACGAGUAAUUUAGCUGAACUGUCCGAUCGAUUGUCCGAUGUCAGGAACAUGCUUUAUAAAAUAGAAGAUGAAAGUUACGAAGGCAAUGAAUCGGUAGAAAGGAGUAAAGGAAAUGUUUCCAAAGCCGAAGAUAUCAUUGAGGCAGCACAGAAGGAAAUUAAUAGUGCAAUGGAAUAUCUCGAUGGUGAAGGAGCAGCGGCUCUAUCUAAAGCUCGAAACAGAUCUGAUCAGUUUGGUAAACAAUCGGUGGAUAUGUCAGCUUUAGCUAAAGAAUCUCGUUUAUUGGCUGAAAAAUUGGAAAAUGAGGCAAAGAAUAUAAAGGAUAUCGCAGAAAAAGCAUUUAACACAUCAAUAGCGGCGUACCAAAUUGCAAAAGAUGGAAUUACGAAACAAGCUAAUAUCAGUAAUGAAGUUCAAAUGUUAGCCAAUGAGCUCAAUUCGGCUGCAGGAAAAUUGGGUAGUAUGACAGAAUUAGCCGAUCAGGCUCUGAAACGUGCUAAAACUGUAUACGAAGAAGCACUUGGACUAUAUGCCGAAGUUAAUACAACAUUACUACCUGAUAUAAAACUCAGCAAACUACAUCACGACUCAAUGGAGAUGAAUAGGACUAUCGAAGAAAAAUCUGCAGAAUUAGAUCAACUCAUAGCCAAUAAUCAAGAAACACUACGCGCUAUAGCAGAUGCUGUUCAGCAUGGUAAAAACCUGUUAGAUCAAGGCUUACAUCGCCAGGAUGAAAUAAACGAUCUCUUGGCAAAAUUAGAUGAAAUACAGGCACAGGCUAAAAAUGACGUUGAACUUACCAAAGCUACUUUGAAAGAUGCAAAUGAAAUUUACCAAACACUUAAAGAGUUCAGUGACCAAGUAACUGAAUCUCGGCAGUUAGCUGAACUAGCAACUCACGAUAUCCCAGAAGUUCAAUCAAAAGUAGCGGCGGCUGAAGAAAGUAUUUCGAGUAUUAUUGAAGAAUUAAACACAGCAAGCGACAAGGCCAAAGAAGCUAGAGACUUGGCGCAGCAGGCACAAAAGGAAUACGCGGAUAAAGCAUCCGAGGCCGCUCACGAUAUCCGAAAGAAAGCUUCUACUUCGCGAACAGAAGCAGGAAAGUUACGUGAUGAAGCUGAAAAAUUAUCCACACGUGUAAAGGGAACAGCUCAACAAAUAGAAACAUUAGAAAAACACGCCGAAGAAAACAUGCAACUAACAAGAGAUGCUAAAAUGAAGGUUGGUCAAGCAAAUACAGAUGCAAGAGAAGCUGAAAAGCAAGUAACAAAAGGGCUCGAAGAUCUUAAAGUUAUCACGGAGGAAUUACAAAACUUGCCAACGUUAGAUGAUGAAGCUCUCGAUCGACUACAGAAGAGCUUAGAUGAAGCCGAAAAGGCGCUUCAAGUACAAGAUCUAGAGGGAAAGAUUAAGGCAUUAACGGAGGCUAAAAAUAACCAUCAAAGAUGGAUAAAACAGUACCAAGAUGAGCAUAUUCACCUAAGUGGCGAGGUGAACAACAUCAAGGAUAUCUUAGAUCAACUCCCGGAGGGUUGCUUUAAGAGAAUCGUACUUGAACCCACUGAACGUCCGAGCAGACCAGUCAAUUUUAGAUAG